AUGAGUUGCAGCUCCGGCGACAACAAUGGAAGCAGCUUCACAAGCAGGGAGAGUGCCGUCAAGUACAAGGGAGUCCGGCGAAGGAAGUGGGGCAAGUGGGUGUCGGAGAUUCGAGUUCCGGGGUCACAAGAGCGGCUGUGGUUGGGCACGUAUACUUCGCCGGAGGCGGCAGCGGUGGCUCACGACGUGGCUUUCUACUGCCUGAAGAGACCGGCGUCGUUGGAGAAGCUUAACCUACCGGAGAUGUUGCCUUCUUGUUAUGUCCAGCAGCAACGAGAAAUGUCGCCGAGGUCGGUGCAGGCUGCGGCGUCAAAUGCCGGCAUGGCAGUUGAUGCGCAGAGGAUUGUGGAAGCAGAAGAGAGGAACGAGAAAACUGAUGAGCACAGAGAAAACAGAGACAUGAAUGAUGGGUUUUGGUGGGACUGGAAUGGUGACGGGGGCGGCGGCAGUGGCGGUGCUGACGGCCAUUUAGGGCAAGGAAUCGCCGGCGGUUAUUCUCAAGGAGAAACAUCGAGCAUUUCCGUUGAUGAUUAUCUUCUCGAUCUUCAACAUUCUUAGAAAUUCGGA